UAAAGAAGAGGACCAUGAGGAACACUGGCUUUCUGUUGUUGGCUCUGUGGGCAGUGGUCUGUACACAGUCAGCUGCAGAUGACUGUAAGAGUGCGCUGGGACAGCACCAUGUCAUUCUGACCAUCCCUGGAGAUAAUGUUGGCCAUUGUUCAGGGGCUCUUCUCAGCAAGGACUGGGUCAUCACUGCAGCACAGUGUAACGAAGUUGAUUUGGAGGUGAUCCUUGGUCAGAGUGCCCAAAAGACUGGGGAGAGACGGAAGAUCCAACAGAAGAUAGUGUUCAAAGACAGCAAAGGAUCUCAUGACCUCAUGCUGCUGAAAGUGGAUGGGAAGGCCUCAGACAAGUUCCCCAUGGCUCGUCUUCCUGACCGCAACACUUGCAAACCCCCGGCUGCUAAAACAGCAGUUCAGUUUUUCAGCUGGACCGGUGCCACCUUUCAUUUUAAAGAUAACACCACACACCCUCAACAACUUCAGUGUGGAAUGGUCAGCAUUGCUGAAUGUGGGAGCAUGUCCAGGUAUGGAGAUGACCCAGACGAGGAGAUGAAAGCCUAUGUUUACCAGACGCUCCUGUGUGCUUCACACCCCACCAAUGCCUGUGAUUUGUUCUCAGGUGCAGCUCUGAUACACAGUGGUGUCCUGCAUGGAGUGCUUGUUAAUUCAGAUAUUUACUGUAAGGCUUCAUUAGAAUUCAUGGAUCUCUGUCACAAGGAAUAUAGAAAGUGGAUCUUUGACACGGCGGGUCUGUAGAAGCUGCACAGAUCAGUGUACUGCUUUAUGAUGAUGAUGAUGAUGAUGAUGAUAAUAAUAAAGACAUUACUGAGAGCAAAACAAUAUCUUUGGUUCCCAUCUCUUUAUUUUCAGAUUCAGUUAUAUGCACUAUGAUUAGUGAAUAUUCUAAAUACACUUGAAAGCUGAAAUAUGAAAUAUGGUAUGUAAAGAAAUAUAAUGAAAUAUUGCAUGUAAAAGUUAAUUGUGUUGGGGAAAGCACGCAUUUUUAGAGUUCCAGAAGUAACUUAGUUUUAAAAUGAAUUGCUUUUACAGGCUCCCGAGUGGCGCAACCGUCUAAGCGUUGUCCCUCAUCAGGAGAUCGCGAGUUCGAUCCCUGGUGAUGCUACAGCCUCGGGAGUCCGAGAGAGCACAAUUGGCCUCGCUCUCUCUGGGGUGGGUAGGAUGGUCCCCCUGUUGUCCCCCAUCACUCAGCGCGAUGCUAGUCAGCGCAGGCGUCUGUUAGCUGACGUAACAGAUCUGGCGGUUGGCGCUUUCCUCCGAGCGCAUUCGGCUGUCCAAUGACGUUGCGUGAGCAGCAGCUCGAAAAGAAGCGGUGGCUGGUUUCACAGGUCUCGGAGGAAGCCGUUGUUAGCCUUCACCCUCCUAGCGUGAUUGGGGAAGUCCUAACUAGCGGGUGUAAUUGGAAACGACUAAAUCGGGGAGAAAAAAAAUUAAUUAGUUUUAUAAUAUCAAUAUCAUAAUGAAAAAUAUUAGAUAUUUUCAUGGGAUUUCAAAUUAUUUUACUUAUCACAUUUCGGAGUCAGGCUACUUUUAAAUGAAGCUGAAGUGAAAUACUUCUUUGCAGACCACUGAUGGAUUUGAGGACAGUUUUCACGGCAGAUUCAUGACAGAAUUCAGACGCUCGCGGAUAAAAAAGGCAAAGAGGGUUUUAUUACAGUUCAGCAAAGGUGUGGUCAAAAAACAAGCGUGGGUCGUAGCCAAAAACUCCAGAGGAUCAGCGUAGUGAUCAUAACACAAAGCAGCCAAAACAAAAGGGAUGAGCAGACAUCGUGGUCGAAGAAUCAAGCCAAAAUGGUCAUAACAGGUUUGUGAACACUCAGUAAGUUCAGAAAGAAGCAGUACCUCGCAAU